AAAAAUGUUGGUCUGUGUCCAAAGUGCCCGAUGUUCGUUAUAAAGUGACCGUGCCAGUGUGCAAGUUAGAGACUCAGACAUGUCCAACGCGAAGGCAGCUGCCGUCAUCGGGCUGGGAGUGGGUGCAAUGCUUAUCACACAAGCUGGAGAUCCGCUGGACUCUGUGGGCAGCUGGUACCCGAUAUGGAGCGAAAUGGGGUUACGCGGUGCCCCAGCCCGGGCCUUCUUUUGCUUCUCCGUCGGUGUUCUUUUCUUCGCUAUAGGCUGGCUGUACCGGCUGCUCUUCAGUCCUCUGGAACUGCUCAGGUCGCUUGAAGACGUGGGAUACGUGGAGGAGGACGGUCGCACCAAAGCGCAGGCAGCCAACGACGCCAGGCGCAGGAGGAAAAUCGGGGAGCUCCCACCGGUUUACCCAAACGGCUGGUACCGAGUCCUGGACUCACACAUGCUGCAGAGGGGCGAGGUCAAAAAUGUGUCUAUUCUAGGUGAGCAGGUGGCAGUGUUUCGGGGCCACGAUGGAAAGGCCUAUGUGGUGGAUGCCUACUGCCCUCACCUGGGUGCCAACCUUGCUGUGGGUGGACGUGUGUUUGGGAACUGCAUCGAGUGUCCAUUUCAUGGAUGGAAGUUUCAGGGGGAUAAUGGUGUAUGUGUGAAGAUUCCCUAUGCAGAAAAAGUGCCUGAUUUUGCCAGCGUGCGCAGCUGGCCCACCUGUGAGGUCAACAAGCAAAUCUUGGUUUGGUUUCACUGUGAUGGAGAAGAACCUCAGUGGAUCGUCCCUGAGCAGCCGGAGAUCACAAAUGAUGAGUGGGUCUAUCGGGGGAGAACUGAGCAUUUUAUUAAUGCUCAUAUACAGGAGAUUCCAGAAAAUGCAGCAGACAUAGCUCACUUGUCGCACCUUCACACUCCAGGCAUGCUCAGUGGAGCAGAUCUACGUUACACCAAUAGCAAAAUGUGGGAAUUUGUACAGCAUGACUGGAAGGUUGAGUGGAAACCAGAGUCAGAGCCUAACAAGCAUUGUUCUCAGAUGUUUGUGAAACAUGCACUUAGAGUGUUUGGAUGCCACUGGCCUCUUCUGGAUGUUUCUGUUGUGGCGAGACAGGUUGGCCCAGGAAUAGUAUUUCUGCUGUUUGACCAAACUUUCUUGGGCCGGGGUGUAAUCAUGCAUUGUGUGACUCCUGUGGAGCCUCUGUUGCAGUGUGUCACUCACACCAUUUUCUAUCAGUCUAAUAUCCCACCUGUGGUGCCCAAGUUCAUCCUCAAAGUGGAGUGCAUUCAGUUUGAGCGUGAUGUGAUGAUCUGGAACAAUAAGAAGUAUGUCUCCAAGCCUCUCCUUGUAAAGGAAGAUUCAGCCAUCCAAAAACACAGGCGCUGGUUCAGUCAGUUCUACAGCGAGAACAGCCCACGGCUGCAGUACCAACGUGAUAAGUUGGACUUUUGACCUCCCCGAACCACAAGAGGAGAUUUAAGCAGAGAUUAUCAGGUCAGGGUAAAUUAAUCUGACACUUUGGACAAAGGCGUUCACCAAUCAUUUGUAUUUGUUGCUGAUGAAAAAAGGAGCCAAGAAGCCUGGCAAGUUUAAGCAAUUUAGAUAUGCAUUUUUUUUGUAAAGGACUCAAACCUUGUCUUGUUAAAGACCUCUUUUUGGGGUAUUUUUGAUGUGUGUAAUUUUACUUUCCAGCCUUAAUCAAUGCCUGAAGUGCCACUGAGAUUUCACAGACAUCUAAACAACCAAUACCAUGACACCAGAAAUCCCCUACUGACUGUUUGAUUGUCAAAACUAUUUUACUCUGCACAAGGCCACCUAUCUAUAACAUAAACUGUGAAACACAUACAUACAUAUCCCAAUAUUUGCUCUUGACUAAGGGGCUUUCUGUGUUUUGUUUUGUUUUAGUCUGCCUGUAGUUUGAGAUCAUGGCUUCCUUCUUCUGCCUUACGCCUAAGAAUGCAGUUAUUACUUCCUCUCUCCUGUUAUGCUCUUAUGCCUCACACUGUAAAUUUACAUCUUUAAUGUGUACUCAACCUUGGCUGUGUUUGACCUGCAGGUGUAAGAGCAGGUGUGUUUGUUUUUUAAAUGAUUUCUCAGGUUACUCAGCAGCCAGCUGAUAACGGUCUCUUUGUUUCAGUGGUGUGACACGACAACUUAUAAGGACCAUGCAACAAUUUUUAAGUCUUAUUUUAUUUUAGUUUAGUUUAGUUUAGUUUUCAACCAAGAGGAAGCCUCUGAGGUUGGAGAUGAAGGCAAUGCAAGGUGUCAACAACUGCAAUAUCUCUAGUGGCCACUUGAGGCUGGCUCCAAACAUAAUUCAAUCCCCACAGACUCCUGUGUUGAAACCUUGUUUACAGCCUGGUAAAAAAAAAAAAAAAAAGUCUCUGCCUUUAUCUUGUAACACUUUAAGGUGUGUGCGAUGAGAUGACUUGAAUUAGCUAAGGUGAAGCCAGGUAGACAUCUAGCAGUUAUGGUCACCUGUGUUCGCAAAACAUUAAGCCUCAGAACAAAAAUAUUUGCACCCUCCAUACAGUUGUCAUUAAGAUGAAUAUUUGAUAUAGAGACCAAAAUAAAAUUUAGCAACAGGCCAAAAGUAUGUGUCAUAAAUCCAGGCAUUUUAGCUUCAAUGUCUAUGGGAAUCUAUUUGCUUUUGGAGCUCAGAAUUGCAGGUUUUGACAUUUUGUUCUACAUUUUUUUGUCUUGGAAGCUGCUGCUUGAAAGCAAAUCAGUUUUUGGUCUGUGUGCUCUUUCCCUUCAAAACAACACUACUUCCUCCAGUUACAUAUUUGCACAGUUUUCCAAGCUACUGGUUGUUCAGAGCUUAGUAGGACCCAUGUCAUCAUCUGCUUGUUGGCUACAGAUGAUUCUUUAUUCUUUAUGACUCCGGUUUUGUGAAAUAUUAUGCCAUUCAUAUGCUGACUUGGUUCCCAAAAACAUCUGAGAAAACCUUACAGCUACUAAAUGCUCGUGCCAGAACUGCUGCUUGUUGUUUAUUCCUGGACAGUUCGCAUGCAGUCAUUUUUUUCAGUGAGAGAGAAGAGGACAACAAACAGCUGUCAGACAAACACACAGAGGUGAAAUGGAGCUCUGCAAGUAAUUCUCAGCAGCUCUGAAUGACCUUUUUCACCUACAUGUGCUCAUGUGAUUCUUUGUUGAUAUGCAAAUCAUGAUUAUAGCAGGCAUAUCACUGAAAUAUUCUUUGUUUUUUAACAAAAUAAUUGCUCAUAUAUACAUAAUGCAUUGUAAAUGAUGAAGUGAUCAUAUCGGUGUGAUUUGAUAAUUGCAAUUUAUAAUGCACUGUCACAAAUACUUGCCGUUGCACAUUUGUUUUAAUUUGAUAAGACACUGAUGCUCAAUUAAAUUUAGGAUAUUUUUAAGAUUGUGAAAGCAAAUAGCUCUAAUACACAGAAUACUAAUAUUUAUACUUACAUUAUAUUAUUAUUAUAUUAUAUAUAAUAUUACACUGUUUGGGGGGGUUAAUUAAUCUGGGCAUAUGUUCCCAAUGUAAUCACUGAUGACUGCAGUACUGUGAGGCGUCUUUACUACACACUAUAGUGUUUAACUGUAUAAAGGUUUUAAAUAAUGUCUUAUUGCGUGCGUCAAUGUGGCUUGGUGCACUUUUAAUUUCUGUUGGAUUGCAUUAGAUGAGAGAAGACACAUUUCAAAGCAAACAGGCAGCAAUGUUAAAGCACAAUAGUUGUUGUGAAUAUCAGGUAAACUGCUUCCUACCUUCUCGGUUUUAACAUGUGCUAUGUGUCUGUCUAAUCUGCAGAUGUGAUGUUUGUAUAAAUAUGAAGAAUAAAUCUGUCCCUUAUGCUCUAA